AAUUCUAUCUAUUUACAUUAAACUUCGAUGGAGGUUAUACGCUGUAAUUAAAACUCCCGUAUAUAAUUAUAUUAUCAUAAUAAUUAUUGUAGUUGUGACUGCGAAUGUUGCGUCAGUAACGAAAGCCUUUGUGUAUUAAAAUAUAUUUUCUUGGAGGAAAGAAAGUGACAUACGAAGCUGACGAAUAGUUUGACUUGACCUUGGAGAGACGAUUGUUUAAGUUGUUGGUGUUCGAGUAAAGUAACACGUACAAGUUAUUCACUUUUACUCUGUACUGCGAACUUUAUCUGUUUGGAGUAUAAAGCAUAACACGUGCCUCCACUAUUCAUAAUCUCCUCAGUAUUCCGUUUUGACAACCGCUUGCGCAUUUAAUAUUUCUAGUGUAUUUUCAUUCCGUAAUUGUCAACUAGGUAAUUAACUACUAUGGAAAGCAGUGACUCGUGCGAAAGUUUGCCUGAUUCUUGGAUAGAAGUCAAUUAUGGAAGCGGAGAAGAAGCACAGUCGAAUUCGAGAAACACCCCGGUUUCUUUUGUGGGAUCCAUGUACAAUGGCAGCGUAGAGAAAUUAUUGUUAGAAGCUCAACGUGAAAGCAAUCAUUCUUCUGCCGUUGGAAGUGCAAUUUCUUCAUAUAGAGAUAGUCCUAAAAGUCCUCACAGUCCAGUGAAUGAACCUGCUUGCAAUGAUGCUUUUAUUAUAAAUAAAGUUGACAUAUUAAAUAGAGAUAGGCAUGUUAGCACUGAUUGGAUUUGGGACUGGAGUAGCAGACCUGAUCAAGCACCUCCAAAGAUUUGGAAAUUUAAACAUCCACAAAGAACAACCUUGAGUCUGCGUAAUUCGAAGGCAGUGAAACAGGGACUGUUUUCUUCCGAAGUACUUUCAAUUCUCUUCCUCACCAAUUUGCUUUCUCUACUUCUUGGAGCAGGAUUUGGUCUCUACAUUGGCAAAAGAAUAAAUUCGGUGUCCAAUAUUGCUCUGAAUUGAAGUUGCGGAAGAAACCAAUUAUGUACUGUACAACAAAGUUUCCUGCAUAAGCGUAUAUUUCAUUUCGAUAUAAAUACAUAAACAUAUAUAAUCCAAACCCCCACUUUUCCCGAAUUUGUUUGAAGAAAUAUAAACUUUAAAUACCCGAUUCAAACAAAAAAAAUUUAGUAAAGUGGAAGAGGCAUGGGCAAGUUACUUUUCUGGUUCCUUCUUUUUGGUUAAUCAAAAUUCUUUUUUUCGUUUUUUGAAGUGUAGUAAAAUUGUUUGUUCGUUAUGAGAACAAUAUUGUAAAAUUGAAUAUUCUUAUAUAGGUGUGUAUGUUUAUUUGUUAUCUCUACUCUUAGAACGAAUUUGUUUUCCAUUAUUUAGUAAUUUAAGCAACAUUCUCAAGUUUAUUCUCUAGUUUCCAGAUAGAGACUAAAUUAGGCAAUAAAAAGACCCACAUGUCAUUUAGUAACUGGUAAAAUAACAAUUACAAUUUACAUAAAAUUUAUCCAAUAAUUGCUCGGAGUCGAGCUUGGACCGCCGUUUAGUUUCUCGGCCGUACGAAAAGUCUCUUUUUAUUCAAAAUAGGAUUUUUUUUAAUCCGAAGAGACUUUUCUGCGGAAUGGAGUGUGAUUUCUUUUCUAAUUGCAAAAUUUUGUAGUGACUUUUGAGUUUUACACGAGAACUACUCCGCUAAACGUUUUGUGUUUAGGAUUAUAUACAUAAAUACAUAUACAUGUGCGUGUAUACAGAAUACAAUCUCUCUUUUUUCCACACUAAAAAACAAUUAGAAAGUAUGUAGCGAGCGUGUUUAACAGUUAAAAUAUUAGUGUUUUACGUCGCUUUAAGUCCGUUACGUGACGUUAAGUGUGUUUAGACGUAGGGAGAAAUUCCCGUAUAAAUAUCGAGACUAUUUACCUGUUUCAUAAUUCUACUAUAAAUAUUAUUAUUAUUAUUAUAUAUAUGUAAAAUUUUUAAAUAUAUCGGUACAAACUGAGUUUAUAAGCAAUGUGCAUUAUUAUGUAUAAUAAAAAAAAUUAAUAUUGCAAAUUAAAUGUUUUAAUAAACAAAUUUUUAAAA